AUGGAUAGCAGCACUUCUACAUCCCACCCGUUUGCUGGAUCAUCUGGACUCAUUCAGGUCAUCCCUUCGACCAUUCAUGACUUGAUCGAAGAGGAGGCUCGACUGUGGGAUGAAUUCCCGGCUGACAAUAGAGUCGACAUGAGUGGUCGCGUUUCGCCGCCAGGGUCCAUGGCGAAUCACUCGGUUUUCUCCAAUGAUAUUUGGUUGGGCGAUAAUUGUGGGAAUGCAGACCGAACCUUUGCUAGGGACGUCCAGCUGGUUGGGUGGGCGAGCGUGGGCGAUAGCAUUAGCACCGGUUAUGUCGUAUAUGAUUGUGCGAUCAGAACGAAAGAAGGUGUAACAAUACAUUCCCACAAGCGCUAUAACUCAUUUGUUGAACUCGAGAGGACCCUUCGACACACACUACCUCCUCAUGUCAUCCACAACAUUCCAGCUCUCCCACCCAAGAACGCGUUUGCCAAGUACAGACCGGCGUUCCUUGACUCUCGCCGCCGUAAGCUCCAGACCUGGCUCGCGACUGUUCUUAUGCAUCCUGAUAUCGGGGGAUGUUCUACUGUACGCGAAUGGAUCUUGGAGUAG